ACUUGUCUCUCAUCAACUACAUUUCUUUUGCUUUCACUUCCCCUGUUUUUGCCUCUGUUUUCUUUUCCCCUGCUUCCAUACCACCUUAGAUACCAUACUAUUUUAUACAAACAUAGAUAAAACUCUAUAUAUUUUUACUACACAGAGAGUGGAAUUAUCUCAUCUUUGAUACCCAUAUCCCAGUUUUUUGUUUUUUUGAAGGUUUUGAAAGGGAAUUGGAGUUGACGAUGGAGAACAAUCAGCAAUCCUUUUGGCAAUUCAGUGAUCAACUUAGGGUCCAAAAUUCGAACUUGGCUAAUCUUUCUCUCAACGAUUCGAUAUGGAGCAACAAUUUUGUUACAAAGAGGCCUGAUGAAAGGAGGAAUUUUGAUAUCAGAGUCGGUGGUGAAUUGAAUUCUGUUAACAACUUGAAGCCAAAGGUCUCUGAUUUCAAUUCUUUCAACAAUGAUGGAUGGAAAAUUGGAGCCAGUAUCAACAGCAACAUCGGGUUCGGUCCAAUUGGUCCGAUGGGGUCUCAGAUGAAUGUUGGAAUCAACGGAGGAUUCAACAAAGGGGUUUAUUCAAAGCCAGCGAAUAACAAUAAUUUUAAUUUUAAUUUGAAGGGGAAUAAGAAUAAAGGAGAGGAUGAUCACGGAAGCAAAAGUGGGAAGAAGAAUAGUAACAAGAAGAACAAUAACAAUAACAGCGACAAUAAUAACAAUGAAAAUAAGGAUGGGAAGAAUGUUGUUGACAAGAGGUUUAAGACACUGCCACCAUCUGAGUCUUUGCCUAGGAAUGAAACUGUUGGCGGUUACAUCUUUGUUUGCAACAACGAUACCAUGCAGGAGAAUCUCAGGAGACAGCUCUUCGGUUUGCCUCCACGUUACCGAGAUUCAGUCAGGGCGAUAACGCCUGGCCUGCCUCUUUUCCUCUACAACUACUCCACCCACCAACUCCAUGGAGUAUUUGAGGCUGCUAGCUUUGGAGGAACAAACAUUGAUCCAACAGCCUGGGAGGACAAGAAAUGCCCUGGCGAAUCUCGAUUCCCUGCUCAGGUUCAGGUUAUUACAAGGAAAAUCUGUGAACCACUUGAAGAGGACUCCUUUAGGCCAAUUCUCCACCACUAUGAUGGUCCAAAAUUCCGCCUUGAACUGAAUGUCCCAGAGGCACUCUCCCUAUUGGAUAUAUUUGCUGACCAGUCCUUGAGCAAUAUUCUUCUACAAACGCGUACAGAUACAAAUACACAAAAAUUAUGAAGAGAAGAUUUGAAGAAUAACUAGACACAGAUAGUAUAUUGGGAAUUUAAGACAAUAUCCUGGGGGUUGAAUUGAAUGCAGAGAUCCACACAGCCUGUGAGAUGUAAAACUUUUUCUUCACAAGCUAGCUAUGGUUGCCCUCUUUUUUUUUUUUUUUUUCUUAUUUGGUGUGGCUUAUCCAUAAAUAAUACUUAAAACUAAUGAUAAACAUCAUCUUUAUUUGUGAUGUUUUUAUAUACUAUAAUUUAGUUUGAGUUUUAUUUGCA